UCUUAGAUCACUUACAUCGUAAACUUAUUACCAAGCGGACACAACACCGUUCAAUUCCAUAUCUAAGAAUUCGAACAUAUCGUGAUGGCUACUAAGAAAUUUGCGGGACCUUCUCCUUACGUUAUUAAUACCACAUAUCCGGAAGUCGACUUCAGACACACUGAGUAUAUAAACAAUGCCACAGCAAAAAAAAGCAGAACUUCAGCUGCACCAGUAGUCGCAGCCAUCUUUGGUCUUGGUCGUGCUGGCUCCAUCCACUUGAGUAGUAUAAUUCGCAAUCCGCGCAUAAUUUUAAAAUAUAUUGUCGAUGAUCGGCCUGAAAUAUUUACUGAACUGAAAUCGUACUGGAAGCUUGAAGACCAAGUCGUUUGCCUUACGUCGAAGAACGCUGACCGUGUCUACAAAGAUAAGUCAGUUAACACUGUCUUCAUUGCUUCCCCAACUUACACGCACCAUGACAUUGUCGUGAAUGCUAUCGCUAACAACAAAGACGUGUUCUGCGAAAAGCCGAUUGCUGAGACUAUCGAAGAAACUAGAAAAUGUUAUGAAGCCUCUAAAGCUAAAGGUCGCGUUCUUUUUUCCGCCUUCAACCGGCGGUUCGAUCCAGCUUAUAGAUCACUAAAAGAGAGAGCACGACAGGGAGAAGUAGGCCAUAUUCAAAUUCUUAAAGUGACAUCGAGGGAUUCACCCCUGCCUACUAUCAACUACUUAUCGACAUCAGGUGGUGUCUUUCAUGAUUGCGUGGUACACGAUUUCGAUAUAGCUUGCUGGAUACUCGGCGAACUGCCCGUUCGUGUACAUGCAACCGCUUCUGGGCUCAUUACUGAAGUUAAGGCUAUUGACGAUUUCGACAAUAUUGCUUUCCUUCUUACAUAUCCAUCUGGCACCGUAGCUAUUGGUGACAAUAGUCGUUUCUGUGCAUACGGAUACGAUCAGAGACUGGAAGUUUUUGGUAACAAAGGUAUGAUUAAGGUGGAAAACGAGAAACCAGCUCACUCACUUGAAUCUUAUAUUGGACAGGACGGUAUCAAGUUAAACCCUAUCUACUAUUCAUUUCCAUCACGUUAUAAGAUUGCUUACAGACGGGAACUGGAGCAUUUUUUGGAUGUUGUACAGUAUGGAGUACCUAUUGAAGUAUCCAGUUGGCAAACACUUGCCAUAAGCAAAAUUGCCACUGCUGCGGAAGAGAGUGCACGCACUGGCAAAACCGUUGAACUUGACUGGAGCAAAGAUGGCAUCCCGGCUGAAUAUUCCUAAAGUAAUCUAAAUCUGCUGAAGAAAUAUUAGUAUAUAUUUAUUUAAA